AUGGCGCUCCCCUCAAUCAGCUCCCUCGAGCAUUGCUCCGACUGGGCCAAGGCCGCUGAGCCCUUCAUUCCGCAGCUUCUCGAUCUCCCGCGCCGAAUCGCAGCGAGCCCGCAAUCUCUUCCGCAGAUCUACCUCGAGACAAACCCGCUCGUCUCCGGCUUCGCGUUCUCGCUCCUAAUCGGUUUCCUCGCCCUCGUGGUGUCGGAGUACAACAGGAACUACUCCCAGAUCGACCGGCUAUGGAGUCUUCUACCUAACUGGUACAUCAUCCACAUGGCCGCGUGGGCGCAUUUGAACGGCAUUCCCGCACAGAGGCUGAUCUUGACUGCUGUUGCGACUACGCUCUGGAGCGGUCGACUGACCUUCAACUACUGGCGCAAGGGCGGAUACGAACGUGGAAGCGAGGAUUACAGAUGGGAAAUCGUCCGCAAACAAGUCCCGGCCGUCGUCUUCUUCGUCUUCAACGUGACCUUCAUCUCAUUCAUCCAGUCCAUCCUCCUCUUCGCCUUCUCUGCCGCGCCGGCCUACUCCCUCCUCCUCGCCAGCCGCGUCGAGCCCGCGAUUUCCGCCGCCGACUGGUCCUUCUUCUCCGUUAUCGUCGCCCUCGUCCUGAGCGAGUACAUCUCCGACGGCCAGCAGUGGGACUACCAGACCGCCAAGCAUUCGUACCUCAAGGACAAGAAGGUGCCCCGCGGCUGGGCGCAGGAGGAUCUCGACCGUGGUUUCGUGACCGGGGGCUUAUGGGCUUACAGCCGCCACCCCAACUUCUUCGCUGAGCAGAUGAUCUGGUUCGUGCUGUACCAGUGGAGUUGCUACGCGACCAAGGUGCUGUACAGCUAUACCUUUGCCGGUUCCGCGUUCUUGAUCAUGCUGUUCCAGGGAUCGACGUGGCUCACGGAGUUGAUUACUUCCGGCAAGUACGCCGAGUACAGCGAGUAUCAGAAGCAGGUCGGCAUGUUCAUGCCCACGUCGGUGUUUGGGUACCGUAAGCCGCAGCCCAAGAUCAUCAAGACCAGCGAAUUGGCCAAGAGACAGACAAAGAAGGACAGGUGA